AUGAGCAAGCAUGACCAGCUGCGGGCUCAAUACGCGGAGUCUUGUCCCGAUCACCGGUUCAAGACCAAGAUAUUUUCAUCGGACCCUGUCAUUAUGUACCUCGAGGACUAUCUGUCUCAGCCAGAAAUCGAGUACCUCAUUGCCACGGCAGAUCCAUACUACCAGCAGUCGCCUGUGUCCAAAGGACAUCAACUGAUGGCCUACGACUAUGAGAUCCGCUCUUCCAUGUCAGCUGUCCUCCCGGACGACCCUGUGGUACGCUGUAUUGAGAAGCGAUCUGUCGACUUUCAAGGCUUCAUGUCAGUCAAGCAUCUUGAGGAUAUUCAGGUUGUUAAGUAUGAAGUUGGGGACCACUUCCGGCCGCACUUUGAUUGGUUCGCUGGCAUGGACAACCCUCGGCACUCUACCAUCUUCGUCUAUCUUUCCUGUGACUCUGGUAGACCGGAGGAGACGGAGCGCGACAACAUUGGGCAGUGCAAGGGCGGAGCCACUCAAUUCCCUCAUUACGAAGGCCGUUUCCCGUCUGGCUGGUGUGGUCUCAUUGAUUGUCACGACAACAGCGGCGCUGGAGGGGUGGGCUUCAAGCCCAUUCCUGGCAAUGCAGUCUUCUGGGAGAAUUAUUAUUCCAACGGCACAGGACAUCCUGGAGUUUGGCAUGCUGGGAUGCCUGUUACAGAGGGCAGAAAGCUUGGGCUCAAUAUCUUCACGAGGAAGAAUCCGCUAUAUUAGUUAUUUACUUGUCACUGGGGAUAGUGUUUCGUAGAGUCUCUUGAACUUCGAGAAAUUGCUUUUCACUCUG